AUGAUGAAGAUGAUCAAGUUUCUUCUGGUAACAUUAGUUGUGGUGCUCUCUGGCCAAAUCUCGAGUUACGCAGACAAGGGCCUAAUGAUAAGGGAAUGCCACAACGCAAGAGUCCCGACCAUAUGCAUGCAAUGCCUCGAAUCCGACCGAGAGUCAGUCCAUGCAGACCCUGUUGGCAUCGCCAGCAUCGUCAUAAAGUGUCUCGACUCUAACCUCAAUGUGCUUACCAAGCAAAAAGAAAAAGAUGGUGAUGCAAUCAAGAUAGCUCUGGAGGGUUGCAAAAAGGACUUGUCGGAGGCAAUUAGAAAAGCACUGUCGGAUGCCAAAAAGGGUUUGAAGACAGGUGACUACGACAAAGCUGGACAAUCUAUAAAGCAUGUGCUUGGCUUUCCUCUGAUGUGUAAAUACAAUCUCCAAACUGCCGAGUUCGACUUUACCCCAUUUUAUAGCCAAAUAAAUAUCUAUGCUCAACUCUCCGAUGCUACCAUGAGAAUCAUUGAUCGUUUCUAAAUAACCAUAUAGCAGUAUC